AUGAGUGGAUCAGCGCUGGAAACUGGGUCGCUCACUCAAAACUUUCUAGGGUGUGUGAAAUCUCCUUGCAAUCUGCGCGAGGAAGUGACGCUUUGCUUACGACCUAAGAUUGCUGCAGCUUACCAAAAGCAGCACAACGGCUCGAAGUAUAUUGUGCGCGCUCGCUUGCUACCGAGGAGCCAUGGAGCUUAUCCGACACACUGUCUCUUUCUAAUGUCUGAUGACCGAUUUCUCAUUCUGUCUCUUGUUCUUCUUCUGCGUCUUGCAGAGAAGCUGCCGUGGCUUGGAAACUUCAAGCGACAAGGCAGAAAGAUUCAAAGGCUUAUUUAUAUUCUUUCAUUGGUGCGCCGGAUAUCCCUAAAAAUGCGUUAG